CUUUUCUCCUUUGCCUUUCACUUCUCUUGGAGUAGAAAAAAAAUUCCUCUCAUGUUAUUCUUUAAUAAACUCUGUCUGGGCAAGGAAAGGACCCACUGGGCUUGAGCCAAGGAACUAUGCAUUUGUGUGACACUUCUCAGCUGGGUGGAGCUUACUUUCCUGCUCUCAUUGCCCGACUCACCAGCCUGCACAAAAGCCAACUGGCCCCCUAAUCAGUCAGCCUGAGCUGAGGUCAGGGUCAGGGUCAGCACGUGCAGCCUCUGCAACAGGGCAGGCCUGCUGCACAGCUAAACCGGUUCAGAAGUCAGGCUUUGCAGUAGACAGAGCAGGGUUCACUCUGGCAUUGCUGCUUGCUGGUUGAGUGACUUUGCUCCAUUAUUCAACUUCUCUCAUCCCCAAUUGUUUCAGAAAAUUGAGGUUUGGUGCGAGGACAGAGGAGCCUGACAUGCUGCUGUCCAUGGGAUCACAAAGAGUCGGACAUGACUUAGCAACUGAACAACAAAGCAGAGAUAGAAGGAAAGGAUGGAGAAGAGAGAGACUUGAGAUGGAAGCAUUUUGAAAGGAGACUUUUAAUGAUGGGAUGUAAAGGGUGCUGCCCACAGCAAGAAGUCACAUCAGAAGUGAGCCAGCAACCCUGCCCUCCACCUUCUCCACCACUUCCUUUUCUCUCCAGGCCCUGCCUCUCCAGUCUAUUCCAGUACAUUUCUUUCCUGUACCUCGGGGUCACCUGCCUUUGUACCACCAGGAGCUGCUUUCAUUUUCUGUUUGUGUAAUGAUCCCUUCAGUAGAAGAUCUUUUAGCCAGAUGCUAAAGCAACAUUACCAAUUCCUGUCUCCAAAUACCUGGGACCCAGGGUCUCUUCCCCGCUAGAAAUCCUCCAGAUCAGAUUCCCAGAAUAAAACAGGAGUAGCAUGGGGCCAGGGAAAGAUCACUAGGCUAAAAAUCUGAAACCCAGUUAUGUUAUGACUUUGGAUACAUCCAUUAAAGCAUCUUAGCCAAGACUGUCUGCUGCAAAAGGAUAAGGAGAAAGGGAGGGGAACUAAAUGAGAUCUGUGAUAUUAUGAAUUCUGAGAAAGCCUAGGCUCUAAAACGGUUGCAUUGAUAAGGGUAAUGAAGUGCCAGAACCUCUCUCCUGACUUAUAAAAUGUUUUGAAGGUUCUUAGGAAGGAGAUUUAGGAGGGAGACGCUAUAAGGAUCAAAGACGUUCAUGGGUGAGGUGACAUUUGAAGACACAAACAAAUGACCCUGGUGUGCUGCAGUCCGUGGGAUCACAAAGAGUCAGACACGUCUUAGCGACUGAACAACAACAAAGUCCCAAACCAGUCACAGUCCUGGCACAGUCCAGAAUGGCAAUUGAAGAGAGCUUAAUGGGACCAUUUGCAAAGGUCAGGGAAGAGAUAGCAGCAAGGAACGGUGACAUACUCUGAGGCCAGUGCAGGAACAUCACUAGUGGGUCUGAAGGAGCAAAGGGAGAGUAUUUUCCAAGGAGUAUCUGUAGCCACAGUAGUCUCCCAGCAGAGCUGUGACUCUAGAGCAGGGAGGCAGCCACUGUCACCUGCUGCCCAGUUGGGACUGAGACCCUGGAGUCUCUGUUAUCCCCUUUGGAUUUUGCUGUCGUCCCCUCUGGGCAGGUCCCCUCCAGAAACCAGACUGCAAAGACUGCUGAAUCUGCCCUCAGAGCUCAGCAGACUGGGAAAAAGUAAGGAGUAGAUUGGGGUUGGGGGAGAGUGAGAGAAGUUCAAAUAAAGAUUAACCGCCCAGACAACUCUUCAAGGAUUUGCCAUCUAGAAGGAUAGCUCAAUGUUAAUCGAUGACCGCAGUGUUGAGUUGAUUGGAGUGAGAGCUAAUAGAGCCAUAGCUAAUAUUUACCGAGCCUUCUGUGCCAGGCACUGCACCAAGGCUUCACACACACACCCGAGUUCCAUCUUCAUAGCCUUCCUGCAAAGCCAUCACUACAGUUCAACGUGUUUUGUAGAGGAAGCUUAGAGAAAUAAAUAACACUCCCAGGUUCACACAGCCAGCAAAACAAGUGGAUUCAAACAUGAAUUCAGAUGGCAUAACCCUAGAAAUACUUGCCCUUUUAGCCAAAAUGCUGUGCUCCUAGGUCAAGAACACAUUUACUACCCACAUCUGGGUAUCAUCUGGGUUUGUGGGCCUUAAAAGCUGACUCAGCCAGAGAGAGGCUCAGAUUUGGAAAGGACUUUUGCAGAGCAUUUAUCCCACUGAAGUUUACUGAGGGUAUUAAUACUUGGUGACUCAUUUGAUCUGUGUCUUUCCCAGGUUCUAACUGCUCUAGAACAUCAUUUUUGUAAUUUUACCCACUUUGCCUGCACACCGUGAAAGUUGUCUCCUGAUUUUAAUAAGAAAAUCGCACAUUCUCUGACUCCACCCCUACCUGACCUUUCUUCCUAGCACUAGCUCCUGUCCCUGUUGUCCUUUCAUCAUCUUACAAAUCCCUAUAGGACUAAAGAAGUGAAAAAUGUUUAUCAGAUACAUACUGCAUUGAGCUUUCUUUUUCGUUCUGUUUUAACAUAAAAUUAUUUGCCUCCAGCUUGUUCUUCAUUCCCAGGUCCCCAAGCCAUGUCACUGCCCUAUAUCCAGUGACCCAUGAAAUAUGGUCAACAAGCCGGCUGAGCUCAAAGGCCUCAUGGCAGGUGAUAUGCGUUCCCAGUAGGCAGUGCUGUGGCGAAACUGACCAACUCAGGUGUGUGCAGGCUGAUCUCUAGACUUCGCUUCUCUCCCUGAAAACAUCGAUAUCUUACAUCAUAAAUGUAGAGGGAAGGGGUUCACAGUCCAGAGUUCAUCUCCAUCAUAGACAGUGUCACCAUCGGGGCAGGGGCACUGUGACCAGACACAUCUACCUGGAGUACUCGGGGUGCCCUGCCAAGGGCAGAUCCAGCCCGUGAGUACUCCCCAGCCUCUGCCUGAGCUCCCGCCUGAGAGACCAGGCAGUGGACAAUCUUGCUUGGAGCCUGGGUCCAGCCUAGUGUCUGAAUCGCAAAGUGAUUCAAAGACUGAGUCACCCCAAGGAGCAGAGAAAUGUGAGUGCAUGAGAAUUGGCGGUGGGGAGAUAGCCAGCAGGUGUGAGCCGCAGGAUUCUGGAAGGCCCAGGCCCUCUGACUCCUCUCUCUACUCCUCUGCUCCUGCCUCCAUGCUCAGCACAGGUCUGGCCCACAGCAAACAGUACUCUCUGUUUAGAAAUUCAAGCGAGCUUCCUUGCCUCCCAGGCCAGCUCCCUUCUGCCUGCUGCCUUGCUUGGAUUCUCUGUUUCUCCCAUUAAACCUCCAGGUAGAAAACUAUAUUCAUUCAUUCUGCAAAAUGGUUGCUGAGAGUCUCCUGUGUUUAAAGUUCCCUGAUUUAGAAAACUGUAAUACAAGAUAUUUUACCUAGUGAUCCUAUCAAUAUAGAGAGAUGAAAACAUUUUAAGAGUUAUGGACAAAAAUAAAGCAGGGACUCAGAUGUAUCUGUUCUCCCAGACUCCUGAGGGAGAGGUGUGACCCAUCUUAAGCCUGGUCCAGUGUCCUUCCUUCAUUCCUACCUGUCUCUUCCUCUUCUUGCUCUUACUGGUUGGGAAGCAGCUCAUUUGGCAGGGAGCAACCUUUGGGGUGACUGACUUUGCAGCUGAGGUAUGAAGGACAGUGAACUUCCUGGUUCCCUCUCCCCGCAAGUGAGGCAGGAGCCCAUGGACAUCCAACAGCAACAGAAGCAAUCCUCUCGGGUCAUGAGCUUGGACAAGGAUGGGACCCAUCUGCACUGCAAAGGGCAGGCCUGUAGCUCUCCCACUGGGAGAUGCCAAGUCAGAGUCCCUGAGCACUCACCAUUUGCCCAAGGCUGGGACUUCCGUGAAGCCACCGCUGCUGGGCAGAAGGAUGCAGGAAUAAUGCUCAGCACUUCCAGUUCAGCCACUGUCUUCCUGAAGGACUUUCCUUGGGUAACAGCUCAGACCUCGCUCCUGCUUGUUCUGGGACUUCUUCUGCUGACUGCUCUUGGUUUCAUCUGGAAACUUCGCCGAGAGAAAGAUCGAGAAUGCUGGAUCAAAGAGCAACUCCAAAGAGAGCUCCGCUGGAGAAAAGCCCAGAAAGUGGAUGAUUGGAAAAAAGCUCAGUCCUAUGCUGCUCAUGUGACUCUGGAUCCAAAUACUGCCUUCUUUGAACUCUUUCUGUCUGAAGAUCACCGAAGCGUGAAGCGGAGAAACCUGUGGCAGAAUCUUCCUGAAAAACCUGAGAGGUUUUCUUUUGACCCUUGUGUGCUGGGCCACGGGUCCUUCUCUUCGGGGAGACAUUACUGGGAAGUGGAAGUGGGCGACAGGACUUACUGGGAGCUGGGGGUUUGCGAGGAAAACGUGGAUAGGGCUUGGGGGAUUGCAGAGUCACCUCAGAAUGGAUUCUGGGCUGUGGAACUCUAUGCUAAUAAGUACCAGGCCCUCACCUCCCCUCGGACUGCUCUCCCACUGAGUGAGCCCCCCAGCCGGGUGGGGGUCUUCUUGGACUAUGAAGCUGGGCAUGUCUCCUUCUAUAGUGUGGCUGAUGGGUCCCACAUCUACACUUUCCCCCAGGCCUCCUUCUCUGGACCUCUUCGGCCUUUCUUCUGCCUCUGGUUCUACCAUCCAACCCCUCUGACCAUCUGCCACUGAACCCAUCUGUUCCCAUCCUUUCUCUCAGUUGAACAUACAAGGAUGAACCCAUCAUUGGGACUGAGAAGUCACAUUUAUGGGGACAAUGCCCCCAAGGCUCCAGCUGAGCCCCUCUGACCUUUUCUGCAGAUAAAGACUGGAGACAGUUUAUAAUUCUCCAGAGCUGAGUGGUACGGAGACCAAAAAGGACAAUGUAACCCCAUAGAAUGUUGUCAAGAAAGUCUGGUGUUGCCAUCCUAGCUGGAAACUGAAAAAGGAACCCCUAGAGAAACCAGAGACAAGAUACCGAUGGAAAGACUACCUGGGUGGAGUGUGAUCUCUGGUCUUGAACUCCUUGUCUUUAAUGUCUGCCUAAUAGAACAGCUGGAAGCUGACUCUGGAUGGUGCUUGGCUGUUUUCACCCUCUUUUCAUACAAAGACUUUAUUUCAUUUUGACCCAUGUACAACCUGGGGAGAGACUAAAUAAAGUUCACAGAGAAAAGUCACUUCUCCAGAUCACUCUGUUGGUCUGCAAAUUGAUGGCACCUUCAACAUUCUUACAUCUAAUGCCAAUCAUAGUGCCUCUAAGAGUCCAAUCAUUAUAAAGUCCAAUCCAUUCCUUAUAAAGCAAUUGCAAUGAUCUGUUCAAUGACACUUUUCACCCCAGAUCCAAGAUUUACUUUUCCAGUUUGUGAAUUUGUUUACUGCUCCUUUCCCUAAUUAUCUUCCUACCUUUAGACUAUUUUACAUCAUCAACAGUUAAGUACAUAUUAAUUUUUCUUCUAUGCUUAUAUAAACACACACACAGAGUUUUUCUAGUGAAAACUGGGCUUUGUUAUAUAAUUGUCCCAUGACAUGCUUCUCUUACUUAAUGCCAAGUCUUGGUGGCUCAGAUGGUAAAGCAUCUGCCUGCCGUGCAGGAGACCUGGGGUUCAAUUUCUGGGU